AAACUCGAAGACAUGAUUAAAGAAGGCAUCAACAAAGGGAAAUACUCCGAAACUACGGACUCUACACUACAAGAUCUUACAAACUUCCAAAGCUUUUUGACAAGAAAUUUCAAGUCYACACUGCCAUUAGACAARAUUAAGCCAACAUCUAAUCAACCUGCUUUCCUCUAUGGCACAGCAAAGACCCAUAAAUUCCAAACCACGGACGAAAUUAAUAAAGAGAACUUGAAACUACGCCMUAUUGUCAGUACCACCGGCACUUACUACUACGAGACAGCAAAACACCUUGCAUCGUACCUAAUGCCUCUCACAGAUAACGAAUACAACAUCAAAACCACCACCGACUUCGCCGCUCGUUUAGAAGAUCGCAAGCUAGAGAAAGACGAAAUACUAGUGUCGUAUGACGUCUCAUCACUAUUCACAGAAGUCCCCCUCGACAAAACCAUCGACCAUAUCAUCGAUGAAAUCUAUGUUAACAACAAAUUACCACCAUUGGCAUCCAAGCUACUAUUCAAGCGUUUACUGUGUCAUGUUACAAAGAAUACAGUUUUCAGUUGUAAACACGAUCACUAAUGUCUUUUUACAAGCUGGAUACCCUAAAA